AUGCGACAGCGUCACUGGGUAGAACUCUUAAACGAUUACGAUUGUGCCAUCAAGUAUCACCCAGGUAAGGCUAACGUUGUAGCUGAUGCACUCAGUCGGAAGGAAUCGAAACCCAAACGUGUCCGCGCCUUACAGCUCACGAUGCAUUCUAGUUUGCUAGAUCAGAUCCGCUCUGCACAAACCGAAGCGUUGAAAGAGGAAAACAUUGAAGCAGAGUACUUGAGGGGCAUGGAAAAACGACUUGUAGAGAGAUCGGAUGAUUCAGAUAAGAUAUAUCAGGACCUCAAAGUCAUGUAUUGGUGGCCGAAGAUGAAAGCUCACAUCGCGACGUAUGUGAGUAAAUGUUUGACGUGUUCAAAGGUCAAGGUGGAAUAUCAGAAACCGUCUAGAUUGCUACAACAACCAGAAAUACCCAUGUGGAAAUGGGAGUAG